GCCGGAGAGCUUGUUUAGUAUCACCUUGGAUGCUGGAGAGUCGAGAUGGCUUCUACGGACUGGAUGUUUCUACUUUUGCCACUGGUGAUCGGCGCAUUUUCCGAAUGGGUCCAACUUUCAGACGCGGCGCGGAUUACCUUUGGUAGCUGUGCCCCCCAGGAGAGUGAGGAGCGUGGCCAGUGCAUCCACAUCACCAGCUGCCCCUUUCUCGCCGAAUUGCUGACGACGGAGCCAAAGACUCCCGCCCAGCGUCUCCUCCUCUCCAAGAGUCAAUGUGGAGUGGACAACCGAGCGGAGGGUCUGCUGAACAGCACCCUUGUCUGCUGUCCGCGUAGCAAGCGGAUCGAUAGCGAGGAUACGGCGGAAUCAACGCAUCUGCCAGGAGGAAGAGAUGAAGAGCAGCCGGGCAAUGUGCUGCCUGGAAACGAUGUCUGCGGUUUCCUCUUCGCCGAUCGCAUUUUUGGUGGAACCAACACGAGCAUCUGGGAAUUCCCGUGGAUGGUGUUGCUGCAGUAUAGAAAAGGUCAGUGGGCAAAUGCCACAUCUUCAAGUGCGUUUACUUUUCACUGCGGCGGCACUUUGCUGAACUCCCGCUACGUCCUGACCGCUGGUCACUGCCUGGCCAACCAAAAACUGGAGCAGGCCGGCGUCGUCCUGCACAGCGUUCGCCUGGGCGAGUGGGACACUCGUACGGAUCCCGACUGCGCCACGCAGAUGAAUGGACAGCGCAUCUGUGCACCGAAUCACAUCGACAUCGAGGUGGAGAAGGGCAUCGUACAUGAACAGUAUGUGCCCAAUUCGGUGGACCAGCAGAACGACAUUGCUUUGGUGCGUCUGAGAAGGAGUGUCAGCUACACCGACUAUGUGCGCCCCAUUUGCCUGCCCACCGACGAUCUGAUCCGGAACCAGUUCGUGGACUACGGCAUGGAUGUGGCCGGCUGGGGACUCACUGAGAGCAGGCAGCCCAGUCCGACCAAGCUAAAGGUGGCCAUGAAAGUUGUGAACCGAACGAUAUGCCAGGAGAAGUACAGCUCCUUCAAGGUGAAACUAUAUGACUCCCAGUUGUGUGCCGGCGGCAUGAAGGGUAUGGAUACCUGCGAAGGCGAUUCCGGCGGUCCUUUGAUGGUGUCCAUAUCGACUGGCGGCCGGGAUGUAUUCCACAUCGCUGGCAUCACCUCCUACGGCACUAAGCAGUGCGGGAUCGGCGGAUGGCCCGGCGUUUAUACCCGUACGGGUGCGUUCAUCGAUUGGAUACAGCAGAGAUUGGAGGCAUAAUAAAUAAAAUUGCUAGUUUAUUCACAUUUCUCGCAUUGGCUAGCUUACAAUAUUA